AUGUCCUCGACAACUUCCACCGCUUCUUUGCCCAGCGGCCUGGCUGUCCUGACAACUUUCCCAGAUGUGCUCUUCAUCCCAGAAUUUAUCUUUGGGGGCCUUGUCUGGAUCCUGGUGGCAUCCUCCCAUGUCCCAGACCCCAUGCUGCAAGGCUGGGUGAUGUUUGUCUCCGUGUUCUGCUUUGUCAUGUCCACCACCCUCCUGUGCCUCUACCUCUGUGGGGCACACGGCGGCAGCAGAUCCUGGGUCACCUUGGAUGCCACUUGCCAGGUAAUAGCAUCUCUGUUUUACCUCAGCGCUGCCGUGUUGGAAGCCUUCUUCACCUAUGCUGCAGGCUUGGUACCUGACAGCUCUGUGGCUGAAGUCUACAGGGAGAACAUUGCUGCUGUGGUAUUUGCAUUCUUAGCUACCCUGGUCUACGUGAUCCAUAAGGUGUUCUCACUCCUGCGAUGGAAAUCAUCCUAAAAGCUUCCCCUCACCAAGUGUCUUAUGGUCACCCCAUGAAUAUGGAAGUUGUUCAAUGACUGCA